GACAGAACAAUGGCGCUGCAAGCACUCUUGGUUAUUUGUCUUCUCUUCCUCUCUUCAGUGCACGGACAGGUCAGUUACUCCAUUCCUGAGGAAAUGUCAAAAGGUUCUUUAGUCGGUAACAUUGCGCAAGAUUUGGGUUUAGAUGUAAAAAGACUGAAAUUAGGUAAAGCUCGUAUUUUUACUGGGGACAACACCGAAUACAUCGAGCUGAAUAUAGAAACGGGAACGUUACUCAUCAAAGAGAGAAUAGAUCGAGAGACUCUGUGUGGGCAGACAACGCCUUGUGCACUGCAUUUUCAGAUUAUUCUUGAAAAUCCAAUGGAAUUUUAUAGUGUUACCAUCGAGGUUCAGGAUGUAAACGACAACUAUCCGUUAUUCAAAAGGACGGAAAUGCGUUUCAAAAUUAGUGAGUCAGCUGUAUCUGGGGCGAAAUUUGUUUUAGAAAGAGCGAUAGACCCGGAUGUUGGUUUAAAUAGUCUUCAAAGUUAUUCCCUGAAUCCCACAGACAAUUUUUCUUUGAAACUCCAAAAUCAGCUGGAUGGAAGUAAGAUGGUCGAAAUGAUCCUCCACAAACCUCUUGAUCGUGAAAAGCAAGAGCAGUUCUCUUUAGUCCUGACUGCUGUAGAUGGCGGCGAUCCGCCUUUAUCUGGCACUGCGCAGAUACACAUCACUGUCUUAGAUGCCAAUGACAAUGCGCCUGUUUUUACACAAGAAGUGUAUGAGGCAACCAUUAAAGAGAAUUCCCCAAAAGGCACAGUGGUUACGCGAGUGAGCGCCUCAGACGCCGACAAAGGCUCGAAUGGUAAAAUAAGAUAUUCAAUAGCAAAUACACUCGAAAUUAUUCCCCUGUUGUUUGAAAUUAAUGACACAAAUGGUGAGAUAAAAGUGUCUGGAAAUCUAGAUUAUGAAAAGUCUCGUCACCAUCAAAUUCAUGUGCAAGCAACUGACGAUGGUGGUUUAACUGAUUCGUGUAAAGUUAAUGUAGAUAUUACCGAUAUAAAUGAUAAUACACCAGUUAUUAAUAUAAUGUCUAAACUCAAUACCAUACCUGAAGACUCAAAAGUGGACACUGUUGUGACAAUGAUAAACGUCCAAGACCCAGACUUUGGUGAAAAUGGGGAGGUUCGCUGUUCCCUGAAUCCAAGCAUACCGUUUACCCUAAAAUCAACAGCGAGUAAUUUCUUCACUUUGGUGACGGAGAGUGAUUUAGAUCGAGAACGAAAUUCUGAGUAUAACAUCACUGUGGUGUGCGCUGAUGAAGGAUCUCCCUCCCUCUCGAGCAGCGUCACUCUCUCUUUACAGAUAUCGGAUAUCAAUGACAACGCGCCUGUCUUUGACAAGAGCUCAUAUGAGGCCUCUAUUACAGAAAAUAACACACCAGGUCUCUCCAUAUUCACAGUCAAAGCCAGAGACGCAGACUCGAAACAGAAUGCUCGUGUUUCUUACAUGCUGGAGGAGUCUUCGGUUAACGGAGUGUCUGUUUCGUCUUACGUGUCCGUCAGUGCUGAUAGUGGCGUUAUUCACGCAGUGCGCUCUUUUGAUUACGAGCAAAUUAAACAUUUUAAUUUCCGUGUCAAAGCGCAGGACGGAGGCAACCCGCCUCUCAGUAGCAACGCGAGUGUGAAGAUUAUUAUUCAGGACCAGAAUGACAACGCGCCUCAGAUUCUGUAUCCGGUCCAAACUGGCGGCUCUGUGGUGGCUGAAAUGGUGCCUCGUUCAGCAGAUGUGGGCUAUCUUGUCACUAAAGUGGUGGCUGUGGAUGUGGACUCUGGACAGAAUGCCUGGCUCUCAUAUAAACUGCACAAAGCGACAGACAGGGCGCUGUUUGAAGUGGGUUUACAGAAUGGAGAAAUCAGAACCGUGCGCCAAGUCACUGAUAAAGAUGCUGUGAAACAGAAACUCACUGUUGUAGUGGAGGACAACGGACAGCCCUCUCGUUCAGCUACAGUCAAUGUGAACGUGGCGGUGGCGGACACUUUCCCUGAAGUGCUCUCCGAGUUCACUGACUUUACACACGACAAGGAAUACAACGACAACCUGACAUUUUAUCUAGUGCUGGCCUUGGCUGUGGUUUCGUUCCUCUUUAUCGUCUCCAUCAUAACUAUACUGUCAGUGAAAUGCUACAGAUGGAGGCGUGAGCGGAUAUUUUAUAAAUCCGGUGCCAAUCUGCCAGUUAUUCCGUAUUAUCCACCCCUUUACGCAGACGUCGGAGGAACAGGAACUUUACAGCAUAUGUCCAAUUAUGAAGCUUACAGAACCACUGACUCCAGAAGAAGUGAUUUUAAAUAUCCCGAGACGUCUGAUCAGGAUAUUAUUAGUCUGGAUAACAGCGGAACACAAACACUGGCUUUUGGUCAGAUGGAGAAAUUAACCAAUUUCGAUAAUCAGGUGAGAUUUCUAAAAUAUUUUUGGAGUCAUCUUUAUAAAAUAAGCAUAAUGUUUUUGGCAUAA